AUGAUACUUCCUCGUAUACGCGAUAAUCUUCUUAAUCAUAGUCGCAUUGAUCUUCAACAUGAUGGAAUAAGAGAACUUAUCUGUGUGGCUGAUGGCUAUCCAGAACCUGAAGUUAAUUGGAUUCGAGCAUCAGAUUCGAGUCUUCUUGCACGUAAUUCUGCGCGUGUUCUACUUAAAUUUGAUAAUGAAAUGCAUGGUGUGAAUAAAUAUAUUUGUGAAGCAAAAAAUAAGCAUGGUUUAACUAAAAUUUUUAUUACUGUUAUUAUACCAGAUAAUCAAACAAAGCCAUUAUUAAGCUAUAGUGAUAUUCAAAGUCAUAGUGUUUUACUCAAAUGGCGUGUGUCAAAUGGACGUUAUGAUCGUUUCAAUCAUUUUAUCAUAUAUUAUAGACGCUUACAUCAUUCUGAUGAUAGUGAUAAAGAAGAAAUAAAUGAUACUAUCAAGGUAGAAGAUUAUAAACAAGUCCUUAUUGAUCCACGUACAACACGUUAUAGUUUUACAUUUCGAGUAAUGGAUUUGAUUCCAUAUACAAAAUAUGAAUUUCGACUUAAAGGUUUUAUUGGUGCUACACCAUCAGCUUAUUCAAAUUCUAUUAUUAUUAAAACACUUGAAACAAUACCAGAUAAAAUUGAUAAUCUUCAUGGUUAUGUUUGGAAUGAAACUUCGAUAGUUGUUCAUUGGACACCGCCAAAUUCUACUAAUGGACCUAAUUUUUAUUACAUUCUCUAUUAUACAACAAAUACAUCAGUACCAUUCGAUCAAUGGUCACAAAAAAUUGUUCGAACAUAUCCAUUUUAUGUAUUAGAAUUUAUGAUGUCAAAAUUAAAUCUUCUUUUUGUCCGUGUUGCCAGCAUUAAUGCGAAAGGUUCAAUAUUAAGUGAUUUUCACAUAAUUAAUCGUAGCUUAACGAAUCAUCAUUUAAUAUCAACCAUAGAUAAAUUUCAAUGUUCACCAAAUGAUAUAAAUCAGUUAUUUUCUAUUCAAUGGACUAUUGAUUAUGAAUCACGUUUUUAUAUAAAUAAAUAUAUCUUAUAUUAUAUGGAUGUAACAGAAAAUAAUGAUGAUUUAAUACGGCAAUUAAUAAUUCCGAUUAGCUUUUUAUCAAUACAUAAACACGAAUCUUAUGAUCUAUAUAAAUAUGAAUUUAAUAGUUCAUUGUUUAAUUUAAAUUAUAAUUCUUAUCAUAUAUUAAGAUUAAACUUGGCUGUUAUUGAUCAAAAUCAAAAUCAUUUAUCGAUGACGCAACCAGCUAUUUAUUGUACUGUAACAAGAAAACAUGUCCCAAAUAAUGUUCGCGUAUUAGCCACUGAUAAAGAUUUUAUACGUUUAUCAUGGACAAAACCCACACGUUUAUCUUCACCAAUCUAUGGUUAUACAAUAAAAUAUCGCGCAGUAAAUUCAAAUCAACCAUGGAUGGUAAAACAAACAAAUCGAACGGAGAUAUUUUUAAGUGAACUUCGCCCGAUAACAAAAUAUGAAAUUAUUUUACAAGCCUAUUUAAAUUCAUCAUACACAGAUUCAUCCGGCCCAUUAACACGUAUUGAAGUAACAACAGAUGAAACAGUUCCACUUGUUGCACCGAUUAAUGUUAGCGCUUAUAUGAUAAAUCAAACAACGGCUAAUAUAUCAUGGAUAUAUCCACUCGAUAAAAAUAAUCCCGAUGAUAUCUCAUUACUCGGUGGAAUGAUAAAAGGCUUUUAUGUUAUCGUUUUUGCACCAUUAUCAAUGCAACCGCCUAUUGUUCAUCGCAAUUAUGAAGGUACCAUUGGUACACAAUAUUGGGAUAUUGUCGGUAAUUUAACACCUGGUACAACGUAUCAUGCACAAGUAAAAGCCUUUACGAAAAAAGGCGAUGGAAAACCAAGUGUACCAUACAUAUUUACAGUAUCCAAAGAAGAUUUUCGUGAGUGA